AUGUCAAGUGGUGGUACUGCUACCAUCUGGACAGCCGAUUUCAGCUUGGGGGGACGCUAUCUAGCAGUUGCUGGCAAGGAUCGAUUCAUCAGAUUAUUCAAGGUCCUCACUACGGACGACGAACGAAUGGACCAGCAAAUGCAUGACAGCCAGCAAGUACCAGCGUCAAAAAGCUAUCCAGCACCAGUAUUUCUGUCAAUUCCUAUCAAAGAGUUUAAGGGCCAUUCAGGGGAGAUUUUAACCUUAAGUUGGAGCAAGAACGACUUUUUACUCUCCGGUUCAACAGACAAAACUGUUCGUCUAUGGCAUCCAAGCCAACUAAACUGUCUUCGAGUAUUUCAGCAUAACAAGACUGUAACCUCGGUUUCAUUCCAUCCCACCGAUGACCGUUUCUUCCUUUCUGGAUCUUUUGACGCUACGCUAAGACUUUGGAAUAUCCCAAGAACAUCAAUUAUCCACUCGCUACCUGUGGCAGAUAUUAUAACUGCUGUAGCUUUUGCACCGGACGGCAAAGUUGCGAUAUGCGGUACUUUCAACGGAACAUGCGUGUUUCUCAACACUGAGGGCCUCACGGAACGAAAUCGACUAUCUAUUAGGUUUUCAGAAACUAAUAGUAGUGCAUGCUUCAAGAUUACAGGCCUACAAACGUCAAAUCCUUCUGACAGUUUUGAAACACCUGGCCAAGCAAGAUUGAUGAUUACAGCAAAUGACUCACGGGUCCGCAUCUAUCGUCUUUCAGAUUAUGGUCUUGAAACCACACUCGAAGGAAUCAAAAACCAAUCGAGCCAAAUACACGCUCGUUUCAACGAUACUGGGGACUAUGCAUUAUGUGGCAGCGAGGGCGAUGAGGUUCACAUCUGGCACCUGGGUUCUGGUGAGCGUAAAGUACCUUAUGAGAGAUUUCAUACACACUCCGAGGUGGUCACAAACGCGAUUAUGGCUCCAAUUGCUACUCGACAGCUUGUGGAUCUCACAAAAGAUCCCAUCUAUGAGCUUUGCGAUUCUUGUGCCUCAGGGCUCAACGAUCUCUUGGACACAUUACAUUAUCUUUACCUUUGGAUCCUUACAUUUUUCUCCCCUAGCCUUCCUUCAGUGGUUUUUUUUAUCAGAGACCUCAUUCUCUUUAUUUCGAUAUUCGACCCUGCGCCGUUGCCUGAUUCGUUGCCCAUGAUGUUUCUUGUUCAUCGAGAUGACGCGGGUGCUGAUGAUGGUUUCAGCCUUUACCAUUACCACCCUUCGAUAGCAGCCGCUGUCAUCGUGGCCUUGGUUUUUAUCGGCAUUACUAUACUGCACUUCUGGCAGCUUAUUCAGAAAAGAUGCUGGUUUAUGAUUCCUCUAGCGACUGGUGGUAUCCUCGAAGUUAUUGGGUAUGCAGCCCGUGCCAAAUCUGGCCAAGAAAGCCCUAACUGGACGCUUGGCCCGUAUAUCAUCCAAGCUAUCUUCCUACUGGUUGCUCCAGCCCUCUAUGCCGCCUCGAUUUACAUGGAGCUUGGGCGGAUCAUUGUUAUGGUGGAAGGUGAAUCACGUAGUCUGAUUCCGCUUAAGUGGCUUACAAAGAUGUUUAUCAUUGGAGAUCUUGUCUCAUUUUUCCUUCAAGCAGGAGGUGGGGGCUAUCAAUCAUCAGGCACCCUGGAAGCUUUAGACAACGGUGCCAAAGUCAUUAUUGGUGGUCUAUUUGUCCAACUUGUCUUCUUUGGCCUAUUCAUCGUUGUUGCUGUCGCAUUUAAUUGGUCCAUUAACACAUCUCCAACCGGACGCUCACAUGUAGUUCCCUGGAAGAAGCAUAUGUAUGUGCUCUAUGCUGGCAGCGUGCUGAUUAUGGUUCGAUCUAUAUUCAGAGCUGUUGAGUACCUACAAGGUUCUGAUGGGUAUAUACUCAAGCAUGAAGCAUACCUCUAUGUUUUUGACGCUAUUCUCAUGGUUCUUGUCAUGGUUCUCUUCAGCUGGUACCAUCCUGCUGAGAUCUUGGCAAUAAUUCUACAGAGGGGCAACGAUAACGGGAUGAAGUUGGGUUUUGUUCCUGCUAUGCAUCACCGCUUGACUUCAGAUGUGUAG